AUGCCCGGUCAAACCACUCCCGACGCCUUCGAUGUCGUCGCAACAUAUCAUCGCCUCCUGGCCGAGGACCCCGACCUAACCAUGCCAGUUGCUGCCAUCGAGUCACUCAUUUUCGGUCUGGCGAACACGCCUUCCACUACCGUCUCUGAAACUCUCGAUCGAGUCUCGAAACUCACCGCCCAGCUGAAAGCCGGCAUCGCCAAUCCCAUCUCACUUUCGGCAGGAACGGAUCUCUUCCAACAAUAUCUCAUUAGCAACCUCCAACGCCCGAGUGCACGAGGAGACUUUGACCAAAUACGCACUCACCUCGUGCAAAAUGGACGACUGUUUGUGGAGCGGGCAAAGGCGGCGAGGGAGACGAUUGCGAGCUUCGGCAAGCACUUCAUUAGAGACGGCAACACGGUGCUCACCAACGGCGGGUCGAGGGUGGUAGGAGCACUUUUGAGAAAUGCUGCCGAGUCCAGCAAUGGGAGUGGGAGAGGCAGUAUACGCUUCCGCGUCAUCUACGUCACCUCGCCAAACAGCAACAAGACGGAUACAGAGGCUGCUGCGAAUAUUGCUGCACUACGGGAUCGUGACAUCCCCGUCGCCGAGAUCCUACCUACCGCAAUUGCAUACUGCAUGGACACCGUCACAUCUUGCUUCGUGGGAGCGGAAGGCGUGGUGGAGAAUGGCGGUAUUGUUAGCCGUUUGGGAACAUACCAGAUGGCUGUCCUGGCAAAGGCCGCCGGAAAGCCUUUCUAUGUUGUCAGCGAAAGUCAUAAGUUCGUCAGGCUGUAUCCGCUGGGCCAAGACGAUCUUGGCAUCGAGCAGGAUGUUGUGCAAUUCAAGACGAAGAGGGGUGUGGUGAAGGACGAAAACAAGCACGGAGACGCUGGAGAGACGACGGCGGGGCAGGUGAGCAGUGGUGCUGUGGUCAAAGGCAGUGAGAGCAAGGUAGACUACACACCGCCUGCUAAAAUCAGCGGGAUCAUUACAGAGGGCGGCGUGCUGCUGCCGAGUGCUUUCGUUGCAUCCUUACAUGCUGGAAGUGAUCUUCACUUGUUCUGCAAAGCCGGCCGGGUUCAUUCAUUCGAUUCCGACAACCCGCAAAUCAAUCAACAUCAGGAGCUCAAGCAACGCCCUCUCGUCUCCACCAACGAUCCGACCAUGGCAACCACACCCGUAUUCGCCAAGUCACGGUUGCUCGCACUACCAGCCGAGCUCCGCCAACAGAUUUACGAAUACAGCUUGGUGCAGUCCGACGAGAUCGUGGUCAGAUUGGCGAUCCGCCGCUACUGGAGACCUCCUGCUCUACUACAGACAUGUCGAGAGAUCCGGCACGAGGCAACACCAACAUAUUACGCGGACAACACUUUCUAUAUCUACGCUCCGCAACACGCAGGAUGCCCCUCUGCCUAUUGGCUGUGGGACUGGUUGCGCUGCCUACCCGAGUCGACAAGGACAUGGCUGCGAACGCUGCAAGGUGGUGAACGGUAA